AUGAUUACCAUUAUUAUGGUUAUACCACCCCCAGUUCUCUGGGCACAGCGAAAAACUCAUCUCUAUGUCACAUUUUGCUUAGAGGACUGCAAAGACCCAAUAAUAAACAUCGAGGCGGAAAAAAUUUACUUUAAAGGUGUCGGUGGUACAGAACACAAGGAGCAUGAAGUUACUAUUAAUUUUUACGGAGAAGUGGACCCUGAAAAGACUAUUAAAAAUGCUAAAGGAAGACUCUUUGAAGUCUUGCUGUUCAAAAAAAAAGAGGGCCCUUACUGGCCAAGAUUAACCAAGGAAAACAAUAAAUUCCAUUGGCUGAAAAUUGAUUUCAACAAGUGGAAAGAUGAGGAUGACUCUGAUGCCAGCGGCAGCGAUGACGACUUGGAUGAUUUACCCGAUGAAGUAGACGAUGCCGAUAGUGAUGAUGAAGAACUUCCUGAACUCGAGUGA